AUGGAGGCAUAUAUCCAGUGGAGGAAAAUCCAGAGUGCAAUCGCGCGUGAGCUUGGGAUAUGUGAAAAGGAUGCAACUGCUAUGGUGAGCACGGCGACAGGUGAGAGACCUCAUUCUGACUGGACGGGGACCAAGACGGCUUACAUUUGCGAGUUGCUACACAAUGAAGGUGGUCCUGAAUGCCUCUGUCUCCUUGAUCGGCAUAUAUUUAACGGCAGCAUCGGCUAUCGAUGCUUGGGGUUGAAGUAUUACACGGCGCAAUUACAGGUUCGAGAGGCUGUGGGAUCCCUGGCCGCCGGCUUGUUCAUGAUAGGCCUCCCGUUUGGAUCCUUGCUCUCCGGCCCCUUUUCGGAGACCUUCGGACGCAAUGUGGUAUACAUUGUCACCCUGGCCUUAUAUCCACUGUUCAUCAUGGCAGCUGCCCUUGCACCGACCGUGGCCAGCCACCUCGUGUUUCGCUUUCUCGCUGGCUGGAGAGCGAUGUUCGUCAGCACGGUGUUAGUGUAUCUGAUCGUCCCCGUUGUCUACUCCUGGACAUGCAAGAAGUAUGAGCAGACAGGUCGAAUCCUCCCUUGUAGAAUGCGAUGUUGGGUGGCGCCCCCGCUGUCUCCGUGGGCCUCUUCUGGAUGGGGUGGACUAGCUAUCAUCUGGUCCUCACUUAUUGCAUCCUCUCUGGUUGGUUUCGGGAUGACCACCAUCUUGACCAGCGCCUACCUCUACGUGAUUGACUCGUAUGGCGUGUUCUCUGCCUCCGCCUUGGGCUUCAUGGCAUCUACCCGGUAUCUGGUCUCGGGAGGCGUCAUGAUCGCCGGCAGUAUCAUCUAA